AUGGGCGCCCUGACGAGCCGGCAGCGCGCGGGCGUGGAGGAGGUGGACGUCCCGGCCGGCGCCGUGUACCGCUACCCGCCCAAGUCCGGCAGCUAUUUUGCCAGCCACUUCAUUAUGGGAGGAGAGAAGUUUGACUCCACGCACCCCGAAGGGUACCUGUUUGGAGAGAACAGCGACCUGAACUUCCUGGGGAGCAGGCCAGUGACGUUCCCCUAUGCAGCCCCGCCUCCCCAAGAACCUGUGAAGACCCUGCGAAGCCUGAUCAACAUCCGGAAGGACACCCUGAGACUCGUCAAAUGUGCUGAGGAAGUGAAGGGCCCCGGAGAAGAGGCCGGCAAGGCCAGGGUCCACUACAACGUGGAGUUCACCUUCGACACGGACGCACGCGUGGCCAUCACCAUCUACUACCAGGCCACCGAGGAGUUCCAGAAUGGCGUUGCCAGCUACAUCCCCAAGGACAACAGCCUGCAGUCGGAGACGGUGCACUACAAGCGGGGGGUGUGCCAGCAGUUCUGCCUGCCCUCCCACACCGUGGACCCCUCGGAGUGGGCCGAGGACGAGCUCAGCUUCGACCUGGACAGAGAGGUGUACCCGCUCGUGGUCCAGGCUGUGGUGGAUGAGGGAGACGAGUAUUUUGGCCACUGCCAUGUCCUGCUGGGCACUUUCGAGAAGCACACCGACGGCACCUUCUGCGUCAAGCCCCUCAAACAGAAACAAGUGGUGGAUGGGGUCAGCUACCUCCUCCAGGAGAUCUACGGCAUCGAGAACAAGUACAACACCCAGGAUUCCAAGGUGGCUGAGGACGAGGUGAGCGACAACAGCGCCGAGUGUGUGGUGUGUCUGUCGGACGUCCGGGACACCCUGAUCCUGCCCUGCCGUCACCUCUGCCUGUGCAACACCUGCGCGGACACCCUGCGCUACCAGGCCAACAACUGCCCCAUCUGCCGCCUGCCCUUCCGGGCGCUGCUUCAGAUCCGAGCCAUGAGGAAAAAGUUGGGCCCCUUGUCCCCCACCAGCUUUAACCCCAUCAUCUCAUCGCAGACCUCCGACUCGGAGGAACACUCGUCCUCAGAGAACAUUCCGCCGGGUUAUGAAGUGGUGUCUCUCCUGGAGGCCCUCAACGGGCCCCUCACACCGUCCCCAGCGGUGCCCCCGCUCCACGUGCUAGGGGACGGCCACCUCUCGGGCACGCUGCCCUCCUAUGGCAGCGACGGCCACCUGCCCCCUGUCAGGACGCUGUCCCCGCUCGACCGCCUGUCUGACUGCAGCAGCCAGGGGCUCAAGCUCAAGAGGAGUCUCUCCAAAUCCAUUUCCCAGAACUCGUCUGUGCUGCACGAAGAGGAGGACGAGCCAUCCUGCAGCGACUCUGAGGGGCCCCUGGCCCAGCGGGCGCCGGCGCAGCACCUCGGGGAGGAAGAAGGUGUGACUCCAGAAAGUGAGAAUCUCACCUUGUCCUCAUCAGGGGCCAUUGACCACUCCUCUUGCACGGGGACGCCGCUCUCCUCCACCAUCUCCUCCCCAGAAGACCCUGCCAGCAGCAGCCUGGCCCAGUCAGUCAUGUCCAUGGUGUCCUCCCAGAGCCAGCACUCCCAGAUCAGCACCGACACCGUGUCCUCCAUGUCCGGCUCCUACAUCGCCCCUGGCACCGAAGAGGAGGGAGAGGCCCUCCCCUCACCCGGAGCUGCCAGCAGGGCCCCCUCAGAAGGAGAGGCGAUGCCUGGGGCGUCACCAGACCGCAACUUUGUCGGCCUCACUGCGGAGGAGCAAGACGCAGAGGGAAAUGACGUCAUGGAGGACGAGGACGGGUCCCCCACGCAAGAAGAUGGCCAGAGGACAUGCGCAUUUCUAGGUAUGGAGUGUGACAAUAACAAUGACUUUGACGUCGCCAGCGUGAAAGCACUGGACAAUAAGCUGUGCUCUGAGGUCCACUUACCCGUUCCUGCAAGAAGGCGUGGGCUGUGCUAGGAUGCUGGAAACCCUUGCUGGAAAGAAGCCAGGAGGCCUCAGGAGCAUCCCGAGUCCCGCGCUCUGAGCCGGAAUGUUAGGACGUGAAGGAAGGAGGAGCAGAGACCCCCAUCGCCCCCAUGGGGAGGGGGCAGGACGUGCCCUCUCCUCUCGACCUCGCCUCCGCCUGUGGCAGGUGGCCUGGUCUUGUGUCCUCCACAGGAAGUUUGAGGCAGACACCCCCGCUCUCAUCCUGCAGAGAUAACCUGAGCCCUUGGACAGGGAAUCAGUCCAUAGUGCCCUGGAAGGGUCGGUCCUUGGACCUUAGCAUCAGGGAGAAAUCUGAAAGCCAACGUUGUGAGCCAGCGAGGGCUCUGGGACCCUGUCAGCGUGGCCAGUCCUGCUGUGCUUGCUAAACGCGGAGCCCAGAGGAGAAGUUAGGGCUCCCUGGAGCCCCGGCUUUAAAUUGGACCAGAGUUGUCAGCAUGGCCCUCAGUCCUGCUCAGGACACUGACCGGGAGUCGGGAAAGUCCUGUGUUAACACACUGAGCAGGGGCCUGCGGCUCCCCCAACUCCCCUCCGCCCCUCCUCCUCCUGUUAAGCUGCUGCUCUAAGGCUGCAGCUGGCCCAAGUGGACUCAGUCACAGCUGUCCCUGCUGCUGUUGCGGCGACGGUGUCCCUUACGUGUGCUGCCUGUGAUCCGGGUAGUUACACGGGCCCCACGUGAAGGCAGCUGCAGCUUCAGAACCACCUCCUCACAUCUGGGGUCCAGUGCUUUACUCGCUCGGUGAAGUGGCUGGAGGCCUCGGAGCAGCCCCACUUCCUGUGGUUGCCACUCUCCAUCCCCCCAUCUGCAGGAGACGCUCCCGGCCUCCCAAAGGCUCCCUGGCCACGCUCUGUUUAGUCUGUCCUGGAGGCGCCACCCGCUCUCCUGAGCCCAGGGAGCCCGACGGCGAGUCUGCUUACCCCAGGGCGCGGGUCUGGUCCGGAGCCAGGCCCACGUCACCGCUGCCCUCCCGCGCCUUCCCUCGCUCUGUCUGUCCGUUUAUUUUCCACGUCUUUUUGCCAAACGUGAAUCCGUGUGUCUGGUUUGUUUCUUUUCAAGCUCAUUUCUGUUGCCCAGACCUGGUGUGAAAGUCUGCGUCUGCUCUGUGCCAACACUGCCCCGCUGAGCUGUGCCCACCCGAGCUUGCGGGUGGGCGCCCGGACGCCCCUGCUUGGGCUCCCAUUCCUGACUGGCAAGGACCCGUGUACACUCUGAGAUUUCCCAAGGGAAAAAAAAUAGCAGUGAGGGUCUGUGAAUCCCUGUCCCACAGCCGCGGGGCCGUGGGCUGGGCUGCUUUGAGCUGGUGUCGUUGGACCCUGGGAGGGUGACGCCCCGCUCUGUGCUGGCUGACCCUGGCUGGGCUGCACGGGAGAGAGGAGACUCCUGCCUCCCUGGAGGGCUCCCCACCCGUUUUUGGCAAAGGGAAUAUUCCAGCCAACCACACUGGCGGACACGGAGCUCGCGCCUUCUGCUUCCUCCUCUUCCUAACUCCCUGCGGCCAACCUGCUUGUUGAUAUUUUCUUCACUUAGGGGACUGCGGGAGGGAGCGUGACUGGGAGGAAGAACAAACCCCUGGGGUUCCUGUGGUGACCUCAGGAAAUGCUUUGAUUGAUCUGGGGCCGCAGCUCAGGCCGCACAUGGGCGAGGAACGUGGGGUGCUCCACGGACUCUCCCCGAGGCCUUGGGGCUCUCGGGCCCGCGGGAAAGCGCUGGCUUGGCUAAACGUUUCCCUGGGUCUCCCGCUAGCACCACACUCAUAGCAAAGCACUGGGGAACUCUCUGGAAGAGUCUGCUGGAUUAACAGGGGCACCCACUGUGAGGCCCCGGGGCAGGUCUCCUACAUGCUCAGCUCUUGGUCCCGACUUACCCGUGGCCUCCUCGCUGGCCUGGGCAUGGCCUUGGGUCGACUGCUCUGGAGCCCAGUUUCUGCUGAGUCUGCUUCCCCCGAGGGGGCAACCUGUGCUCCCCCAGGACAGGCAGCUGUCAGGACCCACCUGCCAUCCGCGCUGGUCCCCCCUCAGGAGCUAGGCGGAGGGAGCCUGUGGCCGCCCCGCCCCUUCUCCUAAAAGCUUCCAGUCACCCUGGGCCCCAGCACCAGAGGGUAGUCGUGAGGGGUCCUCGAAGGGGGCAUUCAGGUGGCAGGAGUAGGUGGUGAGCAGGUUAGCGUUUCGAGGCCAAACCAAGUCAGUUUGGUCCCGGGGACCGACAGACACCCAUGGUGGCAGGAGAUAGGGGUAGGGGCCCCUGAUCCCCGGGUAUCACGCCUGGACGAGCCGCUGGGUGGGGUACGAGGCGGAGAAAAGAAAGGGCCGUCUGGGUUUGUACGUGGACUUACAAGCACGUGUUUUAAAUGACCAAACUAUGGGAGAAUGGGCGUGCUGAGUGCACGCUGGAAAUGGCGGAGGAGACCUGCAGAGAAUUCACUCUGUUCUUCAAGCCUCAUAACCCAAGCCUCAGAUGCUGCUAGAACGUCUACACUUCGUAGACACUGAAAAUUAAGUCCUGCUCGCUGCAGAGGAGGCCCUGACAGCACUGAGCGGUUACAGCGCUGGAAAAAGGGAGCCAGCGGCUGGGGAGAGGCAGGCCAGGGGCGCAGGACUUCCCUAAGUGUGCUCCCCAAAUCGACCUCUAGGGGGCUCCAUGCUCUCUUUUCUGAGUCCCCCAACGGGGUCUGAAUUGAAGCACCUGUUUGUCUCCUCCAGGGAAGUCUAACCCCGGGCUCCACGCCAGGGGCCAAGGCCCGUCCUCUCUCGGGCGCCGCUCCCGGCUCUCGCGCCCCGUGUCUUCACGGCGGGGCAUGUCAGGGCCCAGGGAGAAGAGCCCCGAGUCGGCUCCAGAGGAAAUAGUUUCCCGGCCCAGGGUUCUCCACGGCGAGUCCUUGUGGAUCGGCCAGGACGCGGCCGCGUUUUGAUUCUGUGCGUGUCUGUGUGUCUUCUCUCUCGUUUACCAUUUGCUCUUGGUCUUUCC